AUGGCUUUAGAGGCCAAUAGUAACAUGAUAAAUAUGGCACCUAAAGCCACAUUGAUAGAAAAUAUUGGCCAAAUCGGCCAACCAACAGCUUUAGAAAGUCGGAGGCUUGAUUGCAUUUAUGAUGAUGAGCCUUUGGGGUUUGAAAAAGACCCAGGAGAUGGCGACUUUUUAGGGUUCGUGGUGCAUAAAAAAGGCAUUGAAAUAAAUCAAAACAAGACCAAGGCGAUUUGGAAUACCAAAGCGCCAACUACCAAGAAGGAGUUGCAGUCUUUGUUGGGGAAGAUAAACUUCUUGAGACAAUUUGUGUCGAACAUGAAUGGAAAGACUAUGGCAUUCUCUCCUCUACUAUAUUUAGGUAAAGAGUCAAAGUUUAAAUGGGAGCAUCAUCACCAAGAGGCGUUUGAUUUCCUAAAAGAUUAUUUGAUGAAGCCUCCCAUGUUGGCACCAUCUAGCAGAAAUAAGAGCAUGAAAUUGUAUAUUUCAGCGUCAGAGUCGACGUUGGGCAGCAUGUUGGCCCAAGACGAUGAAAAUGGCGUUGAAAGAGCUAUUUAUUAUCUCAGUCGAGUAUUAAAUAAUGUUGAAACUAGGUACAUUGCUAUUGAAAAUAUGUGUUUAUGUUUGUACUUCUCUUGUAGUAAAAUUAAACAAUAUAUAAAACCAGUCGAAGUUUAUGUUUAUUCCCACUUUGAUGUUAUUAAACAUAUGUUAUCUAAGCCUAUCUUACACAAUCAAACUGGUAAGUGGGCAUUAGCAUUAACCAAAUAUUCACUUACAUAUGUCCCAUUAAAAGCAGUCAAAGGCCAAAUUGUUCCCGAUUUUAUUGCUGACCACUCAGUGGUCGACAUCACAGAAGCCUACGUAGGCACAAGAUCUUGGCAAUUAUUCUUUGAUGGGUCUAGACAUAAAGAAGGCACUGGGGUAGGAAUUUUCGUUGUGUCACCAGAUGGAAUCCCAACCAAAUUCAGGUACAGAAUUAAGGGGGACUGCUCUAAUAAUGAGGCUGAAUAUGAAGCCUUGAUCAUAGGGCUCCAAAUUAUGUUAAAUGUGGGCAUCAGAGAUGUGGAUAUUAAAGGUGACUCGGAAUUGGUAGUAAAACAACUGACUAAAGAGUACAAGUGUGUCAAGGAAAACCUAGUGAGAUAUGUUGCCACAUCACUGGCUUUGGUCAGUAAAUAUGACAAUACGUCGAUCAAACAUAUUAGACGUGUCGACAAUCAAGAGGCUAAUGAUUUAGGCUAA